GUCAUGAGUUACGUUCAAUGCGGAAGUAAAAAAGAAGCUUGAUACCAUUUCCAGCACCGAAACUGGUGGCUACGUUCAUUUACGCCCGUUUUUAUACGAAUUAGAAGAAAGUGAUCUUGUCCAUCAUGCUCGGUGGUGGGUUCAAAGGAGAGAGACUUCGAGUCAAUCUUAGACUCGUCAUCAACCGCCUCAAACUGCUCGAAAAGAAGAAAACUGAAUUAGCUCAGAAGGCCAGGAAGGAGAUUGCGGACUACCUGUCAGCAGGUAAAGAUGAGCGAGCACGGAUUAGGGUGGAGCACAUCAUCAGAGAAGAUUAUCUAGUGGAAGCCAUGGAGAUUCUCGAGUUGUACUGUGACUUGCUGCUGGCCCGCUUCGGCCUUAUCCAGUCUAUGAAAGAGCUCGAUCCUGGCCUUCAGGAAGCCGUGUCCACUCUGAUCUGGGCGGCUCCUCGACUACAGUCAGAAGUCACCGAGCUCAAAAUAGUUUCAGAUCAACUGUGUGCCAAAUACAGCAAGGAGUAUGGCAAGCUAUGUAGGACCAACCAAAUCGGGACAGUCAAUGACAGACUCAUGCACAAACUGAGUGUAGAGGCCCCGCCAAAGAUCCUGGUAGAACGUUACCUCAUCGAAAUCGCCAAAAACUACAACGUCCCGUACGAGCCUGACGCUAUGGUGCGGCCGGAGGUAGGAGAGGAAGCAGACCUCAUAGACGUGGACAGCGACUUUAAGAAGCACGGUGGUGGAGGCGGAGGUGGUGGAGGUUUCACUGCUCCGGCUGCUGCUAUGCCCAUGCCCAUGCCUAUGCCCAUGCCGACACACACAGCCUUCAGCUACCCUCCACCUAAAGGAGCUGAGCCCUUCAGUGCUCCUCCUGGCACCUAUGAUGUUGGCUUUAACAACUUCCAGCCUCCAGUGAGGGGCGGGCAGCCACCUCAACUUCCUAGCUGCCCCCCAACCUAUGAGUCUAUUGACGAUUUUAACGUCAAACCCACUGCUUCUCCCCAGGUCGUCCCAGGCCCAUCUCCUCAGGUCUUCGACAACAACAUGCUUCCCGAGCUUCCAUCGGUUCCUGACACGCUCCCUAACUCAUCCUUCGGCGGCAACAACGGCGCAUCAGAUGACAUUGACUUUGACGACCUGUCACGGCGCUUCGAGGAGCUCAAGAAGAAGACCUAAUCUUGCAAACCUCUUUCUUUUCAAAUGUAUAUCCAGUUAAUUAAGUCUUCAGGAGAAGGAAAAAAAAAAGAGGCCUGGUCAGAUUAUUUACCUAAAAUAUUUCAUACGAAGCAGUGAUUUUCUUACAGACAGCAGUACCAUUUACCUCAUGCAAAAAAACUAAACAAAAAAAAUGCACUGGUGUCUUUUUGGUGGAGGUUAUUUUAAUCACAACAUUGAAGGAUCUGAUUGAAUUUAAACACCAUAACGCAAAGCUUCUUAUUUUAUUGCUAUAAAUCCUUUUUAUAAGCACUUUGCAUAUAUGGCCUUUCUGUAAUGUAAUGUAAUAUAAUAUAAAUUAUAGCUAGAGCAUUGCCACGCUCCGAUGGUGUGAUGUCAUCGCCAGGCCACCAUUGAACUUUGUUACGGCCAUUCAUUUGGAUUUUUUUCCUCAUUAAAUUAUUCAAGAACACGCUUUAAAUAUUAACAAUAGAAAGGGAAGCCAAGCCUUAGUGCUCGUGCUGUGUGAGACGUGUUAAAUGAGUCAGCAGUUCUUUUCAGUCCUAAGCGAAUAGACAGGUUUAACUUGUCCGCACUGCAUUUAACCAAGUUUAGGGACUUUCUCAAAUUACGCAAUCCUGCAUGUGAGCUGCGUCACUCCUUGGCAAGGCUAAUCUGAUUUGUCAUGUGACCUGACUGACUCUGGAAGGACACAGCUUCUUUCUUUCUUUUUUGUUUUUCAUUCGGUUAACAAAGCAUCACCUGAUCCUGAGUAUGAUACUUGUUAAGAAGUGGCAGCAAUCUUAUUUAUUUCUGCUUAAUGCUAGAAAUUACCUUAUUAACCAUUUACUACUUAAAGAUGGUUUUUACACAAGAACAUGGUCAUAACAGAUGACAAACUGACUCUUUAAAGCAAACACUCCUGGUAGUAUUAUUACCGUCAUCUUUAGAUUAGAUUUAGAUCAUCUCCCAAUCUGUGGCCUUGUCUUCUUUUUCGCACCCAGGUCUAGUUUCUAACUGUAUAUACCAAUUUAUUUUUAUUUUAUUAUUUUUUUGGGUAAAGGAUCCCUUUUUUGUUCUUGCUUUUUGGAGAGUGUUAAUAUUUUCAACACACACAAAAAUUAUCAUUUGUAAUGUCCCUGGUGUGUGUGUGUGUGUGUGUGUGUGUGUGUGUGUGUGUGUGUGUGUGUGUGUGUGUGUGUGUGUGUGUGUGUGUGUGUGUGUGUGUGUGUGUGUGUGUGUUUCUUUAACACUACUGUGCAGCAUUUUCUGUCCUCAGAUCAGCUAAAGGAGCAAUAUGGGAACUUUAGGAAUGCUUGUUACUAGUUUUAACAUGUAUUGGAAACAUAUUAGUUGGUCAUAAUAAACUAUAUUUGCUCAUA